UUGGCAAAAUGGCUGACAAAGUGUCAAUGUCGUCACCGUUCCAAUUUGCCAUCGAUCGUGGGGGCACCUUCACCGACGUAUGGGCCCGAUGUCCGAAUAAUGAGAUUCGGGUGUUGAAGUUGUUGUCGGAGGACCCCGCCAAUUACGAUGACGCACCCAGGGAAGGCAUCAGGCGCAUUCUGGAAGAGUAUACAGGAAAGCCAUGCCCAGCAGAUUCCCCGAUAGACACGUCUCUGAUAGACUGGAUCCGGAUGGGGACGACGGUGGCAACCAACGCCCUGCUGGAGAGGAAGGGAGAGAGGAUGGCGCUCGUCAUCACCAAGGGUUUCAGAGAUCUACUCCAUAUCGGCAACCAGUCCAGGCCGCACAUAUUUGACCUGAAAAUCGUGAUGCCCGACAAGCUGUACGAGGAGGUGGUGGAGGUGGAGGAGAGGCUGGUCCUGCAGCAGGACGUGUGUCAGGUCAACAGGUCAUGUCAGAAGGUCAUGGGAACCACAGGUGAACAGCUGGAGAUCUGGCAGGAGGUGAAUGUGGACAAACUUAAGGCUGAUCUCCAGGAACUACUGAAGAAGGGCAUCAAGAGUCUGGCCGUAGUGUUCACGCACUCCUACACCUGUGACCUCCAUGAGAGACAGGUUGGUCAGCUGGCCAAGGAGAUGGGUUUCACCCAUGUAUCUCUGUCCUCGGACGUCAUGCCGAUGGUGAGGAUGGUGCCGCGGGGAUUUACCGCUGUGUCUCUCCGCAGCCUGUGCGACGCCUACCUCACACCCUGCAUCAUGAGAUACGUCGCCGGCUUCUCCUCGGGUUUCACUGGCGGCUGUAAGAACACCAAAGUCCUUUUCAUGCAGUCUGAUGGAGGUUUAACACCAGUUCAAAAGUUUAACGGGUCCAGGGCCAUCUUAUCGGGUCCAGCUGGCGGAGUGGUAGGCUACGCUCUCACCUCCUACAGUGCAGAGACAGGCAGGGCUGUCAUAGGAUUCGACAUGGGAGGGACAUCCACUGAUGUGAGUCGCUAUGCGGGACAGUUCGAACAUGUGUUUGAAACCACCACUGCUGGCGUCACCAUCCAAGCUCCACAACUGGACAUCAACACUGUGGCAGCCGGUGGAGGCUCCAUGUUGUUUUUCCGGUCCGGGAUGUUCGUGGUGGGACCUGAGUCUGCUGGAGCUCAUCCAGGACCCGUGUGCUACAAGAAAGGGGGUCCCCUGACUAUCACUGAUGCCAAUCUGUGUCUGGGGCGGAUCCUGCCUGAGUUUUUCCCAAGUAUUUUCGGAGAGAAAGAAGAUCAACCACUUGACAAACAGUCCACUUUACAAGCCUUCACCAAGCUGACACAGGAGGUAAAUGACUUCCUGUCGUCCCAACCAGGAGAAGCCAAGAAGAAGUCUAUGACAGUGGAGGAGGUUGCUAUGGGAUUUAUUCGUGUUGCUAAUGAAACCAUGUGUCGACCAAUCAGAGCACUAACUGAGGCUAAAGGUCAUGACACAUCACGCCACCUACUGGCAUGUUUUGGUGGAGCUGGUGGUCAACAUGCAUGCGCCAUUGCACGGUCACUGGGGAUGACCCGAGUGUUUAUACACAAGUAUGCCAGCAUCCUGUCUGCCUAUGGUAUGGCUCUGGCAGAUGUUGUACACGAAGCCCAGGAACCUUGUGCCAAGGAGUACACUUCAGCUUCUUUCAAGUAUGUUGAUGAUCGGAUUAAAGUCCUGUCAGAUGAAUGUAGAGAGGAACUGAAGAGCCAAGGUUUUCAGAGUCAUCAGAUUGAAACCCAGCCCUUCCUACAUCUCCGCUACCAGAAGACCGACUGUGCCCUGAUGUGUUCAGCCGAAGCCUUCCCCGACACAUCAAACUCCAGCAGCUAUGGAGACUUCAAGGCAGCUUUCAUUAACAGGUACAACACAGAGUUUGGGUUCACCCUGAAGGAUCGUGCAGUCGUCGUCGAUGACAUCCGUGUUCGAGGUGUCGGCAAGUCACAUGCUGCAUCAGACGUCUCCAUCAAGGUCGCUGCUGGCGAAGCCAAGCCCAGAAUGGUGACCAAGUGUUUCUUUGAAGACGGCUUCCAUGACACCUCAGUGUACCACAUGGAUGACAUCACCUCUGGUCAUGUGAUCAAGGGACCAGCAAUUAUCACAGAUGUCAACAGCACUGUGCUGAUCGAGCCCACCUGCAUGGCUUCCAUCACAAGGCAGGGGGACAUUGAGAUAGUGAUAGGAGAAGGGCUUCACAAGUCUGUAGGGACUGAGCUGGAUGCGAUACAACUGUCCAUCUUCUCUCACAGAUUUAUGAGCAUUGCUGAGCAGAUGGGCAGAGUUUUACAGAGGACAUCCAUCUCAACCAACAUAAAGGAAAGACUGGAUUUCUCCUGUGCAAUGUUUGGUCCUGAUGGUGGACUCGUGGCUAAUGCUCCUCACAUCCCUGUACACCUGGGGGCCAUGCAGGAGACUGUACAGUAUCAGAUGAGACAGUUAGGUGACAACUUCCUGAAGGGAGACGUGAUCCUGAGCAACCAUCCUUCAGCUGGAGGCAGCCAUCUUCCUGACCUCACUGUCAUCACUCGCGUAUAUGUAUUUUAUGAAGGAGAGAAGAGGCCAGUGUUCUUUGUGGCAAGUCGAGGUCACCAUGCUGAUAUAGGGGGGAUAACUCCGGGCUCCAUGCCCGCUAACUCCAAGUCUAUAGAGGAGGAAGGAGCAGUGUUCAUGUCUUUCAAAGUGGUCGAGGAGGGAGUUUUCAUGGAGGAAGCUCUGACUGAGAAGUUCAUGGACCCUGGGAAGAUUCCUGGAAGCAGCGGCUCUCGCAACCUCGCCGACAACCUCAGUGAUCUGCAUGCCCAGAUUGCAGCCAAUCAGAGGGGCAUCAAACUGAUAUCCGAGCUGAUAGAUGAGUAUGGUCUGAAUGUGGUUCAGGCCUACAUGGCCCAUAUACAGAACAAUGCAGAGGUUGCUGUGGGUGACAUGCUGAGACAGAUCGCGAAGGACACAAGGGCGAGGACAGGCACCACAAAGCUUCAUGCAUGUGACUUCAUGGAUGAUGGCAGCAAGAUAGCCCUGACAGUCGACAUAGAUGAACAGGAGGGUACAGCAGUGUUUGACUUCUCAGGAACAGCUUUCGAAGUGCAUGGGAACUGCAAUGCACCAAGGGCAGUAACUCUGUCAGGACUUAUCUACUGUCUACGAUGUAUGGUCGGACAUGAUGUGCCUUUGAAUCAGGGUUGCCUGAAACCUGUGCACGCCAUCAUUCCUAAGGGCAGCAUCCUUGACCCCUCCGGGCGUGCUGCAGUUGUCGGAGGUAACGUCCUCACUUCACAGAGGAUUGUAGACGUAGUGCUGAGGGCCUUCAGUGUUUGUGCAGCCUCACAGGGCUGCAUGAACAACAUCACCUUCGGAGACUCCAACGUCGGCUACUACGAGACCGUAGCAGGUGGAGCGCGGGCGGGCCCAACAUGGGAUGGUCACAGUGGUAUUCACAGUCACAUGACAAAUACAAGAAUCACAGACCCGAGUGUCUUUUCUUCCAGAUACCCCAUCGUUGUCCGCUGCUUCCAUCUGAACCCUGGCACAGGUGGUAGGGGGCGCCACCCAGGAGGUGAUGGGGUUGUGCGGGAAUUCCUGUUCCGCAAGGACUUGACACUUUCUGUGCUGACAGAGAGGAGAGUGUUCAGGCCGUACGGCUUAUCUGGUGGUGAAGAUGGAAGGUCUGGUGUGAACCUGCUUUUGUAUGCUGACGGUCGGGUGGUAAGCCUGGGGGGCAAGAACUCUGUGGAUGUUGGCCCCGGGGACGUGUUUCACCUGGAAACGCCAGGAGGAGGAGGGUAUGGCACACCUGAUAACGAAGGUGAUGGAUCACAGACCGAGGGGAACACAACAGAUACAGGGCCUCCCUGCAAGAAGGCCUUCCUGAAAGGGAGUGUGCACGAGUAUCGGAUGGCCCAAGAGUCAUCAUAACUUAGAUACUCAAAUACUUGAAAUCCUUAUAUCUUUCUGUUUACAUGGAGGCGACAUUUCUAUUUUUAUACUCUGAAAAUCUCAAUAUUCCACUGAAAUAACUGCUCAGUGUAAGUCUAUAUCAGUUACACUGUAAAGGUCGAUGUGCGUGCCACCUAUGUGCCUCUGCUCAGUGUCCUUGUGUAGGACCACUGCUGAUAACAGGGGAGCAAGGGUUAAUCUAAAGUAGAUCAGAGGCUGAUAUUCAGCCCCAAAUCUGCAUACACACACAGACACAGCGUGCACAUGCCACACACACACACGCGGGUCACCGACAUAUAUACACACACACCCCAUGGACA